AUGUCACAGAGCAUUGGCCGAAGUUGUGACGAACUCAAAAAAGAAUACGACGCUUGUUUUAAUAAAUGGUAUUCAGAAAAAUUUCUCAAAGGAGACUUACGACCCGAAUGUGAAGAAAUAUUCAAAAAAUAUCGCGACUGUGUUCUGAAUGCAGUAAAGAACAAAAACAUUGAUAAAUUGUUGGUUGAAGCACGUAAAGAUGAUCCAUUUUCUUCCGUCGCCGAAAAAUAA